GUUUUUUUCUUUUAUGGACGACAGCACAUUCAACAAAAUAAAUGAGGGGCUUGACUCUUUUAUUCCUUUAAUCCCAGAUGUCGUGCUAGACCACUGCUUCACUAAAGCAGGACUGGCAACAGAUGAUCCAAAGAUUAAAAAACUGGUCUCUCUUAUAGCACAAAAGCUAAUUACUGACGUGGCCACAUGCGCCUACCAAUACCACAAAAUCGCAAAGAGGGCAUCGCUGAAAGAAAAAAAAACACCAAAAGAGAAAAAGCUCACUCUCACUCUGUCCGAUGUGGAGAAUGCCCUGAAAGAGUGCGGUAUUAACAUAUCCCGGCCCUCGUACUUCUUUUAA